AUGCCUAGUGUAAUACCAAGUUCUCUCCAGAUUUUUCUGCUCGUGGUGUUGGUUUCUAGGAGUCAAACCGAGGGUCGCCCAAUCACAUCGCUUGCAGCUAAUUGUGCUGAGCUGUACAAGGCUGGCAAUACAUCCAGUGGUGUCUAUACGAUUGAUCCUGAUGGUUUAGGUGCCUUUGAAGUGUACUGUGAUCAGAGCUCAGCUGGAGGAGGAUGGACGGUGAUCCAGAGGAGACUGGACGGCUCUAUUAAUUUCAAUCGGAGCUGGUGCAACUACAGGCGUGGUUUCGGUAACUUGAGUGACGAGUUUUGGCUUGGACUAGACAAAAUCAACCGCCUCACUUGGAGAACAAAGAACACGCUUAGAGUAGAUCUGGAAUUUAACCUCACCCAAGGCAUUCAACGUCCCUACGCCGAGUACGACUUAUUUGUAGUUGAAUCGGAAACAAAAGAUUAUGCCUUAACAAUUGGAGCGCUUUCAAGAGGAAACGCCGGUGAUUCUUUUGAUCACAAUAACAAGGCCCGAUUUUUAACAAGGGACAAAGACGAGCACGAGGACCAGUGUGCUAAGAAAUUCGGAGCUUGGUGGUAUCCCAAAGUUCACUGCGGAAAUUCCAACCUUAACGGCGAAUUCCAACUUAAGGAUGGUUUAAGAUGGUGGCAGUGGAGUCAACAUACGCCUGAAAUGAAAUAUUCAGUCACCAAAGCUGACAUGAAGAUCAAGCCGGACUGUACAGAAUAA